AUAUUCAUCUCCACGUAUAAGAGCAGAGCAGGGCUGGGCUGGGCUGAGAGCAUCUGCUGCUGAAUUCAUCGUCCUCUCUUCUUCUACAAUCUCAUUUGAUCGUCUCGCCGUAUUAUGGAACCCGUGGGGACCAUAGUCUUCACCUCCGUCGGCAGGCCCAACUACGGCUUCGAUAUUUUCUCCGUACAGCUUCCCUCCGACUCCGAUAUUGCCUGGGAUCCGGCCGCUGAGCACCGCCUCACCGACGGCGUAUCCGUCAACUUUAACGGCCAGUUUGUCGGCGAUGACGGGUCCACCCCCACCCUAGUUUAUAUCUCCGAGAGGACAGGAUCGGCCCGCGUUUUCCUCAAACGCCCGGGGGAGGAGGACCCCGAACAGCUCCACACACCCCCGGAGAGCCUAUUCCAUGACCGCCCUGUCGUCAGGGGCCACCGCCUCUACUUCAUUUCUGCCCACGAGGAGCCCGAGAAGCCAUUCAGGAGCUGGACAGCCCUCUACUCCACGCGGCUCGAUGACGACAAGGGCCGUGCUGUUGCGCGGCUGACGCCUUAUGGCUCGGCUGAUUACAGCCCCGCCGUCUCGCAAUCCGGGAAGCUCAUCGCCGUCGCUUCCUAUGGCGCCAGGCCUUGGGCUGGUGAAUUCCACCAUCUCCAAACCGACAUUGUCGUUUUCCAGGAAUCCAAUCCAGCCCAGCGCCUUCUGGUUUGCCGCCAAGGUGGUUGGCCAACCUGGUCGGGCGACUCCACCAUCUACUUCCAUCGCCAGGCUGCAGAGGAUGGAUGGUGGAGCAUCUUCAGGGCUGAUUUACCGGACACGUUUCUGUCUUCACCGGAAGCAGUUGCACCCACUCGGGUCACACCCCCCGGUGUUCACUGCUUCACCCCUGCAGCCAUGCGCGGCAAUCGAAUCGCCGUGGCCACCAGGCGCAAGGGCAACGAUUAUCGCCACAUUGAGGUUUUCGAUGUUGAAUCGCACCGGUUCUAUCCCGUCACCCAGCUGCUGAACCCGGAUCUUCACCAUUACAAUCCUUUUGUUUCUUCUUCUUCUUCUUCUUCUUCUUCUUCUUUGACUGUGUGUCAUCUUGGUUAUCAUCGGUUUGGAGGAGGAGGAGGAGAUAAGGGACCGAGGAGGAUUCCCCAUCUGGAGGCGGUAACUAGUCCUGCAGGAUUAGGAGGGGUUCGCAUGUUCCGGCUGAAUGGUUCCUUCCCAUCCUUUUCACCUUCCGGGGACCUUAUUGCUUUCAACCCUGACUUCGAUGUUACGAAAUCUGCGGGGCUGAGGAUUGUGAAGUUCAACGGCUCCCGGGGGUGGACGCUGUUUGAGAAUCGCACCGCCUUUCAUAACUCCUGGAGCCCGGAUGAGAAUGUCAUCUUCACGUCCAUUGGCCCAAUCUUCACAUCAGAGGGAGCGGCUGUCCAGAUUGCCAGGGUCACGUUCGAUCGAGGAGGAGCGGAGGGUAGCCGCAGCAUCCCUGCGGACAUCAAGAUUCUCACCAAGGAAGGGACGGGGAACAAUGCAUUCCCCUCCUGCUCGCCCGACGGGAGAUCCGUUGUGUUUCGGUCAGGGCGUUCAGGGCACAAAAAUCUCUACAUAGUAGAUGCAGUGGAGGGGGAGGGGGGCCGGAUCUUCCAGCUGACGGAGGGGCCAUGGACUGACACGAUGCCGAGCUGGUCGCCGGAUGGGCAGUGGAUCGCAUUCUCGUCGAAUCGGCACAGCCUGGGCCCAGGGAAGGCAGCAGAUGGGUUCGGGAUAUAUUUGAUCAGGCCGGAUGGGAGUGGGCUGAGAAGGGUGACGGUGGUGUCCGGGGAGGGGGAGAGGGAGAGACUGAACCACGUGUGCUUCAGCGGGGAUGGAGGGUGGCUGCUCUUCACGGCAAACCUGGGCGGGGUGACAGCGGAUCCCGUCUCCAUUCCAAACCAGUUCCAGCCCUACGGGGAGCUGUACAUGGUGAGGCUGGACGGGAGUGGCCUGCGGAGGCUGACAUGGAAUGGCUACGAGGAUGGCACACCCGCCUGGCAUCCAACUACGCUGCUGCCGCGUCUUCUCCCGGAAGUUGAAGAUCAAGAUGAAGACGGAGACGAAGGAGAUAGGUUGGAUGGUCGCUUUGACGAGCCGCUGUGGAUCAAAUGCGAGUGACUCAAUGAGUAAUAGUAAUAGUAACGAUUCAUCCAUGCUUAGAUUAGAUCAGAAGAAUAUGUUAAAGCAUGCAUAGUUUGCACCUAAAGAGUAACGAACGACAUAUUUUACAUUAUUUUAAAAAAUAAUAAUAAUAAAAAUAA